AUGAAUCAUUAUUAGAUUAAAGCGCUUGAUUUGUCUAAUUUAGCUAAAAAUAAAGAAGGAAGCUAAAAUUAAAUUGAUACAAGUACAGUAGACUCCGAUGGAUACAGAGAAAUAAAAAUACAUAAUAAUAACAAGAUUGAUUACACUGAUAUUAACAGCUAAUAAUCUAUAAUUUUAGAGAGCCAAGGUAAAUCUGGUUUACUUUAAUCAAAUUUUUAGCUUUCAUCAUAAAAAAUGUAAAAUAAUAAUAAAUAAUAAGAUUAGUAGAAAUUUAUUAUUAAUGUUUAUGAAGACUCAUAAAUUAAUUAAUAUGCUUAAGAUAAAUCAAUGUUAGCUGAUCCAAAAGCAGGGCAAUCAACAAAUAAGGCUAUAAUCGAAAAUAAAUAAAAUGAAGAAGCAGAUGAAAAUUAAUUUUUUAAUAUAAAUGAAUUUAUGAAAGAAUGCUAAGGAAGUGAUAAUUAAUAGAGAGUGCUUUUUAAAGGCUCCACUAAAUAACUCUUAAAUAAAAUUGAAACCUAUUAAAAUUUACAACUAUUCUUAAAUGAUAUUAAUGAUCCAUAUGAAAAUGAGUAAGCAAGAUAAAGGAUUUUUAAUAUAAUAUUAAGAGAAUUGAUAAAUCUUUUAUAUGUCAUACUUUAAAGCAAUGUCAAUCCAUAUCCAUAUUUACUUGAUUGUUAGCAGGACUUCGAAAAAAAUGUAUUAAUUCUAUUGGGUAAUAUUGACUUUCUGAAAAGAGCAAAAACAGCUGAUGGAUUUAAAAAAAGUGCUUUGUUUGAAUUUCUUUUGACAUAAUAUAAAUUGAUUAAAAACUUGUAAGUGUAAACAUAUAAUGAGAGAUAAAAAGCGAAAUAAUUAUCCUCACAAAACUUUUAGAAUAAACAAGAAAUUUAAUUAAAAUCUGAUUGUCUAUACAAAAUUCAAGAAAACCAAGAAUUUUAGGAAAGUUAAUUAAGUAAUAAAAUUCUAUUAGAAUCUCCAAAAAGUCCAAAAAGUCCGAUUAGGAAGAUUAGCUACGAAGUAUCUAAUUCGCCUAAGUUAAGAUCAAUUUAAUCAGGUAGUAAAAGUCCUUAAUCAAAACAAAACAUGUAACUUAUAACAGAUUCUCCAAAUAAUGGAAAAUUUGUAAGAUAAUAAUCAUUUUCUCCUAAAACUAAAUCAGCAAAAGGAUCUCCUGUAAAAACGAAUCAAGCAAAUUCAAAAUGUUUGAUGAUGUAAAGUCAAUAGCUUCCAUCAAAAAGCACUCUGAAAUAUAAUAACUAUAAGGUUGAUAAAAUACUUCGUAUAUGUGUUUAAGAAGAUGAUAAUUUAGUAGCUAGAAAUAAUAGAGACUUUUAUAAUGUUUUGAAUUAUUCUAAUGCUAUUUCAGUACAUGAUUUGGACAAAAAAUUUUUUAAUAAGAAUCGCUUCCACUUUGCUGUAGUAGAUGAUGGCUCUGAUCUUGGUGAAUUUAUUAAAGACUCACUUGAUAGAAGACCGUGGUGGAAUACUCAGCAUUAUAAUCAAAAAUAUUUAGAAAGUGCCAAUUUUGUGUGGACUUAGUUUAAAAGUUAGAACUAUUGUUAAAAAUUACUAACAAAAUAAGUGAUUUAGAAUUAAUAUUACAUUAAAAAUAAUUUCUCCUUAAAUAAGUAAGGUGAAGCUUCAAAUACAUAGACUCCUAGAUAAAUUUAAUUUGCAGUAGAUGCAAAGCAAGAAACAACAUAUUAAACAGGCUUGAAGCUAUUAGUAAACUAAGUAGAUUACCAAUAUAUUACAUCUUUCACACCUAACAAAAAAGACUAAAUUAUUCCUCCUUUUAUUACUGUUUCUGCCUAUAUGGAAGAAGUAAAUAAUAAAAGCUAGCAAUUCUUAUCUAAUAAGUAUUUAUGGGAAAUCAAUAACCUCAAAGAAAUUAAAAUUCAUAAUCAUUUCUAAUAUGGAUAUUAUCUGAAUAUGAACCAAGGUCUUUAUUUUUAGCUUAGCUCAUACUAUGAAUACCUUAAUAUUGAUAAAAAUAAUAUUCUGAUUCCAGAAACCUUUUUAAUUGAAAGCAAAUAUGAUUCUGAAAGUAUUAGACUGAAUAAAUAUAUCUCUAAUAUAUAAAAAGAAAUAGAAGCUUUUGAGAAACUUAGCUUUGAUCAGUAGCAAUUGUAAAAAAUUAAACAAAGAGAUCAGAAUUUUAUCUAAAUAGAUUUGAAUUCAUUGUUUAUUGUUAAAACUAUUGACACUUAUUAGUAGACAUAGAUUAGCAAAUCUUUACUGAAACUUUCAUAAGUUGAAGAAAUGAUAUCAAAAUAACUUCAAUUAUAACCAAAUGGAAUAACAUAUAUAGUCCAAAAAUAUAUAAAUAACCCUCUAUUACUUUAAGAUAAAAAAUUUAGAAUUAAAUACUAAUUAUUGUUAACUAAUUAUAAUGGUAUUUUGAAAGUUUAUUUUUAUAAUGCUGGAUAUGGAUAAGUAGCCAGGAAACCUUAUAAAGGAUUCAAUGACAUGGAAGCUCAUUUUGUUGGAUAUAAAUAGUAAUAAUUCAAUUAGGAUAGAAAUUCAAUUUUAGAAACUUUUUAUGAAGAAAACUAAAUAAUUAAUAUUGAAGAUUUAGAAAAAUUAAUAAAUAAAUGGGCUAAGAAAAUUAAUCCAUACUAUUCGUUUUAAGACUAAGCCAUUCCUCAAAUAAAGUAAAUCUUAAUAGAUGUAGUGAAGAGUACUUACCAGUCAAUUAAUCCUACAAAUAAAUAAUUUAGAUUUUAAAUAAUUGAAUUAGAUCUUCUUUUAGAUGAAAAUUUUAAAAUAUGGCUGAUAGAUUCAACUAAUGAUAUAAAAGUGACUGAUAAUUCUUAGAGAUCAUACUAUAGUUAGCUUAUAGAAAAUGUAUUCUAGAUAACGAUUGACCCAAUAUUUUAGCCUUUAGAAAAUGUUAAAGUUGAUUAGUCAAGAAGAUAUUACAAAGAAGAUUAUUUUCUUACAAAUCAAUUUAAAUUAAUAUUUGAUUCUCAAAUAGAUUCAUUCAAAUUUUAACAUAAAGAGCAAUCUUCAAUUUUAAAAAAACUGCAAUCAGCUUUUUAAGAAAAUAUUCAAGCAAACAAAUAAUCGCCUCUUAAAAAAUAAUAUUAAAAUAUAAUAAAAUAGAUUUGA